AUGAUUUUAUUUAUGUGUAAAGAAUAUGUGUUAAAAUUGCUUCAAACCUGUUUAAUCUUGACUUUGUAUAUUACAACAAUCAAUCAUCAUUACAAUUUACAAAAAGAAAUAAUGUUAUACAAAACCAUAGAAAUUGUACCUUAUUGGAUAUUUCAUCUGCCAUUGUUACAUGGAAGUCGUCAUCGGCAGAAUUCCACUUAUAAAUUACAAAAUUACAGUCAAUAUCAAUACCAACAACAACCAAGUAGUUAUCAAGUUAACAAACAAUAUAAAAAUACAGAACAACAAAGGUUUAUGAAAUCUGGACAUUUACCGUCAACACCAAAAAUGGUAGCACGACAUGUCUUAUUAAACGAUGAUUCAGCUGCUAUUAUCAUAAAUCAACCACAUGCUAAGUAUACUGAAUUUGAAUCGUAUAACAAGGAUCUUUCGAAAGUUUAUCAUCAUUCUAAGAAUUUAUCUAUUUAUUAUUUACCAAAUCAAACAUCCAUGAUGAAAACAAUAAGCGGAUAUGAAGUACAUAGAGAUUGUUAUUUGAAUACAGAUGGUAGACAAGAAAUCCCAUGUAUAUUAAAUCCAUAUCCAUUAUAUGAAAUGAUUAGAAAAUUCCCCAAUGUAGAUAUACAUAAAUUAUACCAUAGUUCUGAAAUAAGUUUAUCUCAACCUUUCAAUCAUAAACAGAAAUUAAUUAAAAUGUUAUUAACUUAUGAAACUGGUGAAAAUGCUUAUCUUCCAUGUCAUACGUUAGGUGCAGAAGACAGUGAGACAAUUAUCUGGGAGAAAGGACAAAAUCCUUUAUUUGUAUCUACAGUUAGUUUCAUGCAAGAUUCUAGAUUUCGUUUAAAUAUUAGUGAUGAAAAUUAUUUCAACAAUGAAACUAAUCGUUUUAAUAUGAAAACAAAAUAUUUCAAAGAAUACAAUGAAAAAUCUAUAUUAAAAGGAAAUAAGUUAUCUUAUCAAAAUUAUUUAGAUAAAUAUAAUUUUAAAAAUAAUUGGAAACGUCGUCGAUGGGAUUUAAUUAUUGACUUUGUAACACCAACCGAUUCAGAUAUUUAUACAUGUAUGCUUAUGGGAAGAACAUCACAAAUGAUUAGUUACCAUGUAAUUGUAAACGAAUCAGCCUCUAGAAUCAAUUACAGUCGAAAGAGAUUAAUUACAAUAUCAUCUCCAACCUUGAUUACUAUUGGAUCUGCAUUUAAUCUCACCUGUUCGGUGUACGUUACGAAAGAUAAAUCAGUCAAUAUAGCAAUAGACUGGUUCCGACCAACUUAUUUAAUUGAAACAUCUUCAAUUCGACCUACGAUAUUAGUUAAUCCACAAGUACUAAACAACAUUUUAUCUAUGCAAUCAGAUUUAAACUCACACAAUUCAAAGUACAGUAAUAUCAGUGAUAUAGUUGGUGAACUUGCUUAUUCAUUUCAACAAAUCACCAGCAGAUCAUCAGUCGGGAUAACUAUUUAUAAACAAGUUACCGGUGAAUUAAAUUAUAACUAUCGUAGUGAAGUACUUCUUACUGUACAGUCAGCCAGAGAAAAUGAUGGUGGUAUUUAUGAAUGUAGAGUUUAUGAAGCAGCAAAUUAUGGGCAAGAAAAAAUCAUAGACAGAGCAUUUUUAGAUAUUAUCAUACGCAAAAGAUAUCCUCAUAAUUCAUUUGAACAAAUCGAAGUAAAUACAAAACUUAGAAAACUUUUAUCAAUAUUUUGGAAAUUAAAUCCUUCUCAGAAAAACUAUGAUAAUUUACACGAUCAACAUGCACAAAAUGAUGUGGCAUCCAGAGUUCGAGCGAAAUAUGGAACACAGAAUAUAAGUCAAGAGAAAGAUCAUGAACUUAAAUCAGUGGAUAUUAUCAAUAAAUUUUUCUCAAAAGAAAAUGAAGUGAAAUUCAACUUAUUAGAAACACAAAAUCCUCGUAUGAGGGCUCGAACUAUUAAAAAUUCCAACUCAUACUUAUGUGUUUCUCAGAUAUUUUUGUAUUUUUCAAUCAUUUUGCAAAUAAUUUUGGCGGUUAAAUAAAGUGUUUUUAAAAACUAGCUAUAACAAUUUAUAAAAUAAUAAAGUAAAUAAAACAAACUAUCAAAAAAGAAUACAAACACCUCUUUGAAGUUUUUGUCCAUUGAAUCAUGCUUUAAAAAACAGCAAUUAACAUAAUAAAACACAUAAAUAAACAGAACCUCCUAAUAUGUAUCCGUAUUCUAAAUAUUAUGUACAUAACUAAGAGCAAAACUCUAAAAAACAUAAUAUAUCUUUCAUUAUAUUGUUUCACCAGUUUCGUUUCAUGUCUCCGUUAUUUAUUUGUUCGAUUUCAACUUUCUUACAUAAUCAUAAAAAGAUAAAUAUUCAAAUCAUUAUGAAUUUCAAUCAAAGGAAUUAUUCAAUUAUCCACAUACAGAUUUAUUUAAGAUAUAAUUAUUAUAAGAAAUUAUUUUAUCUACCAGAUCAUUAAUUGAAAAAUCUUGUCACAGAUUUAUGCUCUCGUUUGUUUGUCUGUUUGUUUGUUUUUUUUUUGUGGCAAAACAAUCGAACACAUUUUUUUGUCUAUAAAACAUAUAAACAUUUAAGAUUAUUGAAUGUCCUUUGUAUAUAUAAAGAAGCUUAAAAAGGAGAUUAUAUACUGGCUUUCUUUUUCAGAUACAUCUGUAUACUUAUAUAUAUUCAUUUAAAGUGGUUUUCAUUCAUUAAUUAGUAAUGUUAUAUUGUUAAACGUUUCUAUCCGAAAUACCUCAUUGUGUUGUUUUGAAUUUCUACUGAUUGAGUGGAAUUUUUUUCAAUCAUAAAUAAAGCAUAAUAAUUUGUAGGUAUCAUUACCAAGAAUUGACUUGAUAAUUUCAAAUGAAUAGAUUUCAAUAAGUAGGAAGAAUUAGAUUUUCUGAAGUUUCGUGACUUAGUGUUAGCCACUUCUUCAGAGAAUAUUUGAAAUACAUAUAUAUUCUUUCGACGCUGUUCAAUGUAAA